GUCCAGUUGUUGGCCGUGGGCCGCAUCAUUGUAGCCUAUUUGUAGCUCCUUGCGAAUUGGGCAUGUCCAUGACAACGGCCCCCGCUAGUACGGCUGUGUACUCAGUGCCUUCGGCGAGACGCGCACGUCAGCGCACGUCGCACGCACUCUACAAUGCUCAUUUGAUUGACGAAUUACUACGGGCGGAAGCAAUCUCUAUACAUAAAGGAGAUUAGAAAAUUCGACGAUUGCGAAGAGCAACUUCAUCUACCUCAGCAUGGUCAAUCCUACCCUUUAUAAACUUGUUCUCUCAGCAAGCUCUGUACUUGUUGCCUUCGGAUGUUGGAAGCUAGGAGAGCGAGUCUGGCGCAAUUUAAGGUCGCCCCUACGCGCAUUACCAGGCCCCAAAGGAACAAGCUGGAUAUAUGGGAACUUGAAGGACAUCUUCAACGCGGAGAACUCAGUGCUUCACGAGCAAUGGGUGAAGCAGCAUGGGACAACUCUGAAAUACAAAGGGUUCUUCUAUUCAGACCGACUGUUCACUAUGGAUACUCGUGCACUGAACCAUGUUCUCACCCAUAGCAGUGAUUACCAGAAACCGUCACAAGUCCGGUAUAAUCUUUCUAGAAUUUUAGGCGAAGGUGUCUUGUUUGUUGAAGGGGCUCAACAUCGUCAGCAGAGACGGAUUAUGAACCCCGCAUUUGGACCUGCUCAGAUUCGCGCACUAACAGACAUCUUCAUCGACAAAUCGAUCAAGCUUCGAGACAUCUGGUCUACCAUGACCGCUGCGAGUGAACACACGGCUCGGAUAGAUAUCAUGCCCUGGCUGAGCAAAAUGACGUUGGACGUCAUCGGGCUUGCAGGUUUCAACUAUGAGUUUGACGCCUUGAAUGCAACCGAUAAACCGAAUGAACUCAAUCAGGCCUUCUCAGUUAUGUUUUCUGCCAGUCAGCAGAUUAGCAUCAUUCCCAUGCUUAAGGCAUGGAUCCCAUUGCUCCGAUGGAUCCCCUCUGAUCGUGAUCGCAAAAUAGAUGCAGCCCAAAAAACGAUGGGUCGCAUCGGCAGCCAGCUCUUGCAUGACGCUAAAGCCGCUGUUAUAUCUUCUCAUGGUAUUGAAAAAGGUGGUUCCAUUGAGAAGAGCAGUCUUCAAGGGCGCGAUUUACUCAGUCUACUUGUCCGUGCUAAUAUGGCAACUGAUAUCCCGGAGAACCAGAGGAUAUCAGACGAGGAUGUGCUCGCGCAGGUUCCCACUUUUUUGGUCGCAGGACAUGAGACCACAAGUACCGCAACAACUUGGGCACUCUAUGCACUCUGCUUACGCCCGGACAUUCAAACCAAGCUCCGGGAGGAACUCUCGACGGUGGAGACCGAGGCUCCGUCCAUGGACGAACUCAUGGCGCUCUCGUAUCUUGACGCGGUCGUGCGCGAGACACUUCGUUUGCACGCCCCCGUCCCUAACACAAUUCGCAUCGCAAUGAAAGAUGACGUCCUUCCGUUGGACACGCCUUUUACGGACAAGUAUGGAGUGAUUCAUGAUGGGAUCAAGGUUAGCAAGGGCGACCCGAUCUUUAUCCCGAUCUUGGCAAUCAACAGAUCGGAGGCGAUUUGGGGCACCGAUGCAAAAGAAUUCAAUCCUGACCGUUGGGCAUCACCUCCAGAGGUAGCAUCCCAAGUUCCUGGGGUCUGGGGACACAUGAUGACGUUCCUUGGUGGCCCGCGCGCGUGUAUUGGUUACCGGUUUUCGUUAGUGGAAAUGAAAUCUCUCCUCUUUACCCUUGUUCGAGCUUUCGAGUUUGAGCUCGCUGUUCCUGCCUCGGAUGUAGGAAAGAGGUCGACGAUCGUGCAGAGGCCGUUCUUGCGCAGUGACCCUGAUAGCAAGAACCAGCUUCCCUUGUUGAUCAAGCCGUAUCGCAAGACCUCAUAAUCAAAUUCUUUAAUUCUGUAAUAAGUGCCUUGGAAAUGACGAAAUGGAACUGUAAUAUUUCCUGAUGAAAGAGUAAUUGCCAAUGUGCAGAGGCUGUUUUCUGUACGGGUAAAUCACUUAAGAUCAAAGAUCAUUCUAUUCGAUUUUCAGUACGUAAAGUGAUUGUCGUAUUAGAUUCAAG